AAUAAUAACAUGCUCAUUAUUACAGAAUACUUUCAUUUUGAUAUUAGUUCAAUUAAAAAUAAUAAACUUAUCUGUGAUAGUAACUCAUAAUAAUGACAUUAUAUUAUUAUUACCACGACCAAAACAAAUUGUUAUUAACUAGAUGUUGUUACUUGUUCAGUAAAAAAAAAAAAGUUGGGUACUUUGGAUAGUUAUUGAAUUUUAUAGGUUAUUGGAAUCUGGGUUAUCAACUUUUAUGUUGGAUACGUAAAACAUAUUUGGUAAAAACUACACAGUUAAAACUAAUAUAAUCAUAAAUACAUCAUUCAUAAACGUAAGUCUAAUCCACAUACAAAUUAAAAAGUAAUCAACAAACUACUAACACAACCAUGGUGUUUCUUCGCUAUUCGGUCACUGAUGUCUUAGGUAAACACUAUAAUAAUUAUGGAAUUCUCAAAUUGCUUAGUUCUAAAAUUUCAUCGAUGAGUAAUGCUGUUAAAAACAAGUUCUUAUUUCGCCAGUUGUUCGAUAAAGAAUCAUCAACAUACUCUUAUAUAUUGGCUGACAACGAUGUGAAAGAUGCAAUUAUUAUUGAUCCAGUUCUAGAACAAGUCAACCGCGAUCAUACAGUCAUUAAAAGAUUAGGUUUAAACCUUUUAUACUGUAUUAACACACAUGUUCAUGCUGAUCACGUUACCGGUACAGGCGCUCUUAAAAAACUAAUACCGUCAUGCCAAAGUGUUAUAUCUAAGCAAAGUGGUGCCAAAGCAGAUAUUUACAUAAGUUCAGGAGAUAAAAUUCAGUUUGGCAGUUACGAAAUUGAAGUACGUUCGACACCGGGCCACACUAACGGAUGUGUUACAUAUAUAUGUCAAAAAGAAGCAGUAUUGUUCACUGGUGAUUGUCUAUUAAUUGGUGCUUGUGGCAGAACAGAUUUUCAAGAAGGAAACCCUGAAACAUUAUAUCGUUCUGUUUACGAACAAAUUUUCACUUUGCCCAACUACUAUAAAGUAUAUCCUGCUCAUGAUUAUACGGGCCAAACCGUUACUACAAUCGGCGAAGAAAAGAUAAAUAAUCCACGUCUUACAAAGUCGUUAGAUCAAUUUAUUGAAAUAAUGAAUAAUUUGAAUUUAGCAUAUCCAAAAAAAAUAGAUGUUGCUAUGCCAGCCAACCUCAAGUGUGGUAUUCAAGAUGAAUUGUAAAAUAUGAACCUUUUAAGCCUAUAUAGCAUGUAUUUUAUUAUUAGCAAAAAUAAAAUAAUAUUUAAAUUUAUUUAAUUUAUUGUUGUAUAAUAAUAAUUUUUUAAAUAAUUGAAUUUAAAUUUGUUUAAAAUGAAUACUCGUUGAGAUGUAUUAGUCAUAUUGAAAAAAUGUCAGUCUACUUACUGUAUAAUUACGAUGUGUUUAUUUAGAUGGCAAAAUACUUAUACUUAUUUUUACUCAAAAUUGACCUCACAAGAUUUAUCGAAAUUGGUGACCCCAUUGAUAUGACAGUUAUUGUGAAAUAAUGAAUUAAACAUUGUGUUUCAUUAAAUAAAUAUAUUUUUAAACAAAUUUUA